AUGUCUUCACGGCAGCAUGUGGCUUUCCGGGCGUCCUACCGCAGAAUACGACUCUGUGCCCCGGUUCCUGGUCCCAACGCCGACUUUGGAAUGGCACCAGUGUUCGUGCCCGCCGGUGAUCACGCGGGCAAGCUAUUCGUGGGGAGGAAGACUGGCGAGCUGUAUUCGAUAUCGGCCGAUGAUGGACACGUCCUGUGGGAAACAGCAACUAGCCCCGUGGGCGUCAACGGUGGAUUGAGCUGGGGUAUUUCCGUUGACGAUUCCCGAGCCUAUUUCACUGCUACCAACUCAGACUACAAGACGUGGCAGCUCCAGCCCUCAAACCAGACGAUCAACAGGAGCGCGUAUGGCGCACUAUCUCUCUCAGACGGAAAGAUUCUCUGGGAGACCCCGGUUUCGAUGAAUGGUGUGUCUAUGGGCCCCCCUACGGUCGUGGGAGACCUCGUGCUUGUGGCUAGGACUGGGGAAGACCCGAAUGGGACUACGAGCUACGACGCGUCUCAAGGGGGGCUAGUGGUUCUCGACAAAGCUGACGGAACUGUUAUAACUGAUUUCGACUUGACGACCAACUUUCAUGGCGGUGUUGCUGUUGACGGGCCAUACAUUCUGUUUGGCACCGGGUACAGUGGUCCUGGCGCACCUGCCAAGGUGCCGGGCGGUUUUCAUGUGUUGCAAGUCGGGACAUAA